UACGAUUCCACCAUAGUCGCAACGGUGCAGGCGGGAGAUUUGGCGGCGGUACGAGAAGCUCUGCAAAAGGGAGCAAACGUCGAUGCUCAGGACAGCAACGGCAACAGUCUACUGCACCUAGCCUGCGAGGCCAACAACCUGGAAAUGGUGGAGCUUCUGCUUAACUACGGUGCGGAUCCCAAUCACAAGGAGGAAACUGAUGGUGUCACGCCACUUCAUCUGGCUGUCUCGUUGGGAAGCCUGUACGGCGUCAAGCUGCUUCUGGUGCGGAAGGCGGAUCCCAACAGACGCGAGAAGAACGGCAGGACGCCUCUACGACGAGCCUGUGGAGAGGGUCAAAUGGACCUUGUCCAAAGUCUAAUCGAGCAUGGCGCUAAAGUGGAUGAAAUCGAUUGGCACGAUCGAACAUUGCUUCACGUGACUGCAGCUGAUGGGAAUGCAGCUACCUCUAAACUGCUCAUUGAAUUUGGUUGUCCACUGGACGCUCAGGAUGACCAACUAUUGACCCCUCUCCAUAUCGCCUGCCUGAAGGGUCAUCUAAAAACGGCUGAAGUGUUGAUGGAGGCCGGUGCGUCAUUGCAUUUGAGAGACGUGUGUGGCCGAACAGUCGAAGACUGCGCUGAGGAAUCGGGAAACGUCCCACUUCUACUAUUUAUCCAAUCACUGCUAGAGGAGAGCACAAACUCGGAGGAUCCUUCGUCCGAAUAG